AUGGAUAUUCAAGAACUAUCUUUACUAACAGUUCAAGAUGAUUUAAAUAAACCAAAAAUUAUAUCAUCAGGCAAGUUUUUUAAUGAUGCGAUUAAUUCAAUUAAAUUUUCUGUAUCAAAAACAUUAUUCAAAGAUGUAACAUUGAUUUAUCUGUUUGCUCAAGAUAAAAGAUGGGCUUUAAUGUGUUGGAAAAAACCAACUCUAAAGAUUCAUUCUGAUGACUUUUAUCUAUUCCAGUCCCAAUUAUUAAAUUUUUGCCAAAAUUCAAGAUAUUUUUUUGAAAAUUCAGAUGAAAUACUUUUGAUUGCUCCUUCAUUGAGCGACAAACAUUUUGAAAAUAUUGAUAGGAUUGGACAGUUGAUUUCAAGUAAUUCGCAGUCUCAAACAGAUUACCACAAUCUGAUCAAUCUAGAGUAUUUGGAUUUAUCAAAAAAUAAAAUGAGUAAAGUUGAAAACGUUGAUUUCUUGGUUAAUUUAAAUAACUUGAGUUUACCAAUGAACGAAAUUAAUAGGAUCGAAAAUUUGGAUGUAUUCAAUAAUUUGACUAGCUUGGAUUUAUUAAAUAAUAAAAUUCUAAAAACGAUUGGAAAUUUUGAUAAAUUAGUCAAUUUCACAACUCUUAGCUUGAGUUAUAACUUUAUCGAAAAUAUUAAAGGAUUUUCAAAGUUAAUUGCAUUAAAAAAAAUUGAACCUUGCUAA